GCCGGAACUCGGUCAAUUUGGUUUCCCUUCUCUUUCUGGCCUUUUGCUUUGGUUCUGUAUUUAUAAAGAGACCCUCCUUCUUCUUCUCCCCAAAUAUGGCUCAAGAAACAUCCAAAUCAAUCUAUGACUUCAAUGUCAAGGAUAUCCGUGGAAAUGAUGCAGGUUUGAGUGAAUACAGAGGGAAGGUUCUUCUGAUUGUGAAUGUUGCUUCCAAAUGUGGCUUAACGAAUUCAAACUACAAGGAACUGAAUGUUCUAUAUGAAAAAUACAAAAACAAAGGUUUUGAGAUCUUGGCGUUUCCCUGCAAUCAGUUUGGAGGCCAAGAACCAGGAAACAAUGAGGAGAUUCAGGAGGUUGCAUGCUCAAGGUUCAAAGCAGAAUUCCCAAUUUUUGACAAGGUUGAGGUGAAUGGAAAGGAAGCGGCACCUCUUUACAAGUUUCUGAAAUCACAGAAAGGUGGCAUUUUUGGAGAUGCUAUCAAAUGGAAUUUCACCAAAUUUUUGGUUGAUAAGGCAGGGAAGGUUGUUGAGAGAUAUGCUCCUACAACAUCACCUCUUAAAAUCGAGAAAGACAUACAGAAUCUGCUAGAAUCUUCUUGAGUACCAAGGUCUUUUAGCAUCAAGUCAUGUUUGAACUAACUGAAGUGGCAUGAAUCACCUACUGCUGGUUCUGCAUUAUGAUUUGAGCCGUAGACAAACCAUUAAAUCUUAUUCCAUUUUCUUUUCUUUUGUUGCUUUGAUCUAGUAGGCUUGUAGCUCAUGAAUAAUAAUAAAACUCUGAAAAACUAGCAUUAAGCUGCAAGACUUUUUAAGUGUCCUUUAUAUCUGUUCUAGGUUCUUUAUAUAAAUAUAAUUUCAGCAU